ACCAAAAUGGCGACAGGGAAGAUGAUAAUUUUACAGUCGAUCUAUGGAAAUACUAUUUACCAAUGAAUUACAGACUGUUAAUUUUUAGUAGUUUUGCACACAUGCAAACAUAUUUUCGCUAAAUCGAAUGUUCAUCUAAUUCAGAAAUUUAUCUAAUUUGUUACUCCGUGUCAAAACUACUACACCUCAUCAUUUUAUCAUCAUUAGAUUCACUGGAGCGUGAAGUUGACUAUUAAAUUAUUUAACCAUGAGUGAGAUGGCUAUAAUUGCCGCAAGGGCAUCUGUAAUGAUAUACGAUGAUGCCAAUAGAAAAUGGAUGCCUAGUGGUCAAACACAAGGUUUAUCUAAAGUACAGAUUUACCAUCAUACCACAAAUAAUACAUUCCGUGUGGUUGGAAGGAAAAUACAGGAUCACGAAGUUGUCAUUAAUUGUGCAGUAUUAAAAGGUUUGAAAUACAAUCAAGCAACGCCAACAUUUCAUCAAUGGAGAGACAAUCGUAAUGUGUAUGGAUUAAAUUUUGCUAGUAAGGAAGAAGCAGAACAAUUUGCUCAGACGAUGUUGACAGCUUUGGAUACAUUAAAUAAUAUGUAUCGUACACCUCCCCCAGUUACUCCUGCACCUCCUCCUCCACAGACUAUAUAUUCACAAAUAAAUGUUGUUGGACCAAUAGACACCGACAGUGACAGACAUCAAAGAGAUGAUUAUCAGAUCCAUAAAAGACAGAUUUCAGGUGGAGAUGAAAAAUUAAAUGAUGGGGGUCAUUAUGAUUCGUCGCCUAGCGUGCCUCAAGCACCACCGGCACCAACACCACCAGCACCCCCACCUGCUCCAGCACCCCCCUCUGCUCAACCUGGUGCGCCCAAACCUCCACCGGUUCCAAACAUUGGUGCACCACCACCCCCUCCUCCCCCUCCAGCAGGUGGUCAGCACAAUUCCUCAGAAGCAUCAGCGCCUGUUAGUGGACUUGCUGCUGCAUUACAAGGAGCAAAAUUAAAGAAAGUUCAAAAGACAGAAGAGAAUAAUUCAGAUUCAAUAGGUGGAGGUGGUGGGGGUAGUGGAUCCGGUACUAUGGGACGUGGUGGAAAUGCAGGAAUUGGUGAUGUCAUGAGUGAAAUGCAGAAAAAAUUACUCCAAAGACGUUUAAAGGCAGAAAAUGUGGGACAGGAACCAGAUAGUACAUCAGCACCAGCACCAACUAAAUCCUGGGAUAAAUCUAAUGCAAUUCAAUCCAAACAAAUGAAUGGUUCAGAAUCUCCAAAAAUAACAAGAAAUGCUUCACUGACUGGACAAGAAAAUAUUAGUUCUCUAAGUGGAUCGUCUGAUUUAGAAACAAUGAAACAAGAAAUUAUUAUGGAAAUGAGACAAGAAAUUCAGAAAAUGAAAUUAGAAAUAUUAAGUGUUAUACGCCAAGAACUUGGACACAGAUAAACUAUUAUUAUUAUGUUUUCAUUUUGAUUUGCUCACUAGAAAAAUUGUAGGACAAAAGAAGAAGUGGAUUGAAGUAGAAAUAUAUAUUUUUGAUUUAAAAACACAAUUUGUCAUUGGAUUUGAUCACAUUUUUGUAAACAAUAAUUGAAGCUUUGUUUUAUAAAGUUUCACAAAAAUAUGUUUAUGAUUUGUUUUAGUGUGACAUAGCUUCAAUAUAUAUUUAAUACCAGAUGCAAGCAGAUUUUACUCACUACAAAAUUAAACUUGCUUACUGUUAAAGAUACCUUCCCAUGUACAAACUGCGUGAUUUAAUGAUGUAUUUAGACUAAAACUUAUUCAAACUAAUUAAUCUACCAAAAAUUUGCUUCAGAUCCCUUUCAAAACAUUGUAUUCGCAAGGAAAUACCCCAAGCUAUAAAAAAUCUAUAAAAAUAAUUCAUGUUUGUGUCUUGGUGGUCGAGGUAACUAGCAACGGGUGGCAAGCCGGAGGAGAAUCCGUUGCAUAUAAAAGACGAUGCUGUCUUUAAUUGCUGUCCAUUUACAAUAAAUAUCGAAGCCUAAGUAAAUUCUCGGAUAAUCCCCUGUCAACAUCUUUUUUCCACAGUUUUUAUCUCAGAAACUGUUGUACGUUUUAAGUCUGUCAUUUUUUCCAUGUCUGCUCACCAUCAAGUUUAUCACCAUAUACAUCAAGCAUCCCUAAUGCAGAUCAGACAAUCUAUUCAUGCAACCUUUGAAGUCACUCAAGCAGACUUAAUCAUCAGGCUGUCAAUUAGUGACACUCUGCCAUUUUUGUCCUAUGCUCAUUUCGUGGGUGUUUUUCAAGGAAUCCAGUAUAUUUCUAGUAAGAUUGAGUGUCUCUACUUUUCAUACCAAAAUUGCCAUACUUUUAUUGGAAAUAACCACCCGAUAAAUACUUUUGUGGGAAAGCAUCUUUAGCCUAAUAUUGAUAUUUUGGGAGCAUUCCUUUUAUUUAUUUAUUAGAAAAAAUAAGACAUUUAAGAGAAUGUGAAAUAUGGGUGUUAUAUUUUUUAGAGGUUAGAAGGUAUUUUUUUUAAUGCUUGUAUACACCCUUGAUAGAACACCAAGCAAUGAUCAAGGUCAGUUUACUCAAUUCGAAUACAGAUUAAUUUAUCUAAAAUGCACUGGAGCAUGUCCCUUGUUGAGUACUUGAAGGAUCUCUAGAUUUUGCUUACUCAUUAUUUGAUUAUGUCAUGAUGCAGACAGACUUUACUCACAACAAAAUUGAACUUGCUUACUGUUAACUUAGUUUUGAUAUUAUGGGAGCAUUCCUUUUAUUUAUUUAUUAGAAAAAAUAAGACAUAUAGAGAAUGUGAAGUAUGGAUAUUAUAUUUUUUAGAGGUUAGAGGGUAUUUUUUAAUGCUUGCAUACCAAGAAAUGAUCAAGAUCAAUUUACUCAAUUUGAAUACAGAUCAUUUCAUUUCUAAAAUGCAAUGGAACAAGUCCAUUGUUGAGUACUUGAAGGAUCCUUAGAUUUUGUUUACUCAUUAUUUGAUCAAGUCAUGAUAUAUUGUGUGUUUAAGUGAAGGGAACAAACAAGAUACUAUAUUAUGUUAUAUUCUGUUGUAUAAAUAUUAUAAGUAAAGCUCUAAUAAUUCAUUUAUUUCUUUACUCUUCCUGUUCAUUACUAAUACUAUAUCCUUAUCUCAGUUCAGAACUGUACUUUGAACUUUGUACUUUUAUUUCCAAAAAAUAUAUGUAUCUUUAAAAGAUUUUUUAUUUAUUUUAUAGUAAAAUGAUUUAAGAACAAUAUUUCAUUUACAUUCAGAAAUUUUCUAUCUUUGUAAAGGAAAAUUUGGUUUUUAUACCCGAAUAGGUAAAAUAUGUAAAUUAAUUUUUAUUCUUUAAGUCAAACUUUAUAGAGUUUUCAGAGAAUGUCCCUAUUUGAUCUAUUUUGUAUUCAUGCUAAUUAUACUGCUUACAAUAUCUUUCAUUGAUUUGAUAUAAUAUUUAUAUAUACACCAAAUCUGUUCAAAGAUUUCGAAACAUUUUUCUAGCUUUUUUUCACAUUUAUGUGUUAAUGUUACCAAAUUAUUGGACAUGUGGUUAGUAGACAUUUAGGUUAAUAAUUGAGAUUUAAUAUAAAAGAGAGAUAUGUAAAGCUUUCAUGGCAUAUAAAUUACCUAUUUCAACACAGAACCAAGUUCAUUUUUUUAGAUUUAGUUCUGACAAAGGGGAUUUUCUCUACAGAUUGAUAUGCAAUGAUAUGAGGUCACCAAAAAGCUCAAAUUGAAAAAAGUCAUAAAUGUGUUAAUUCCCCCUAGAUUAAAUCGCUUCCAUUUAGACUUUUGUUAAAACUUCUUCUAUUUGCACUUUCAGAAACACACAGGUUAAUAAUAUAUUUUUAAAAAACCUGAUCUAUUUUCAGAUUAUAGAUCGGCAUAAAUUGAGAAUAAAUUGAGAACCGUUUGCAUGAAACUAUAAAAGUUUUUAAAGUUAGAUUACCUUUUAUCAGAGCUAUAAAUAACAUGGUGAUAAAUAACUUUUAAGGAACAUACUGAGGCUUAUUUUUGCUCAACUUGAUCUAAUUUAAAGUCAUGUUGCUAGCUCUAAGAUAAAAUUCAAUUCAGAAUGAUAUAAUUAUUUUCCUUCUGUCAUAUUACAUUAACAUGAAAAAUCUAUAGUAUAACUUAGGUUUAAGGUGAAUAAAUUUUAAUUUGAGUAAAAAAAUAGGUUCUUUAGUGAGCAUGUUUAACACCUUCAACAUGUGUUUACUUGUUUAGUAUCUCUUUUAUAUUGAAUCUCAGAUGGUUCACUUCAGUUUUGUAAAGUUAUCAAAUUGUCCAUUAUCAAUGGUUUUAUGUUUAAAGUACUGUCACCAUCAUAAUGAUUUUUACUGGACAUAAUAAUUGUUAUAAUAGAAGUAGAAAAUACAUCAUUUACUUUCAGAAGAUAUACGCCAAAUAAUUAAAUACCAUUUGAAGUAUUAUAAAUGCUUUAUAUAUAGAUAGCAUUACUGUAUAGGAAUAUACUACUUGUAAAUAAAGGAGCACAAAUAGACUAACAUAAUUAAAACAACAAUCUUUUUUUUAACUAGUAAUUAAAUGGUAGUUUUGAUAAGAUGGUUGCACAUACUCUGAUUUUCCUUUUAUUGAAGCUGAUUACAUCUAUCCUAGUACUGUAUCUUACAACGGGCAAAACUUGUUUGAUCCCAUCAGAAUAGGUAAAUAAAAGUUAUCUUGUUAAUGUUGAUGAAACAUGGGGAGAUGCCUGGGAGAUGUAUUCUAUUACAAAUACUAUUAAGUGUUCAUUCCUACUGAUCUCUGGUUAGGGAAAGGAGAAUCUAUAAUUUGAAUGCUCCCUAAUAAAAUGUAAAUAGAGGAGCGAGAACAUAUUCUUACUUGUAUUUUAUUUUAUGAAAUUUAAAAAGAAUACACUGUACACUGUUUAACAUGUACAUUUGAAUUUCUAAGAGGUGAUUAAAUUUAAUGUAGAUUUGCUGAUUUUUUGAAUGGAGUAAAUUUGAAUACAUCGAUUGUACGAUAAAAUGGCGCAAACACUUAUCACAAAUUAAAACUACUAAUAGCUUUAAUAGAAGUGAACAACACAUCAGUGAUUGCUAGAAAUAACAUUAGAGAUCUGAUAUUGUUGGUUAAUGAAAUGGCUUAAAUGUCCGAUAUUUAUAUUUGAAAAUCUAGAUUUUGCUAGAAUUUAAUACAAAUUUUGUAAGAACAAAAACUACUUGUGCACACAAAUGAGUAUGCAUGUUAUGUACUUCCAUUUAUAUGAUCAAAAAGUCACAUGGUGCUUUAAGGAUAUUGUAGAGAAUAUUUUAAAAAAGAGUAUUAAAAUCUUUUAUACCUUAAGAAGUCCUGUCAACAUCUUAUCAUACAUCAAAACAGUCUAGUUCUGGAUACCAAUUUCCUUGUUAUUGUUUAUUUCUUUAUUUAUGCUUAUGUGCAAUAAUUAAUUUACAUUUAAAUUAAUUAAUAUUAGGGGCUAGAUUGAUAAAAAAUAAAAUAUAAAAUAAUGAUAGCAAAAAUGACAUUUUUAUAUACAAUUUCCAUUUUCUCCAAUUUUCCACUAAAUGUACAUAUUUGCAUAUAUACAUAUUAUAUACACAUUUAUUAUUAUUUUAUGUGAGGCUAAUUUUAUAUGUAAAAUAAGUGCUAGCUUAAUUAGAUUUGGGUCAAUUGACUGAAUAAUUUAUGUUUCUUGGACAUGAUUCGAUUCAAGAGUUCAUGAGGAACAGAUUAAUUUUUCAAUACACAAGCACAUCUGAUCAAUGACAUUUCGCUAAUAUGGUAGAAGUGACUGUAUUGUGUGAAUGUAAAGAUGUUACCAUUAUUUUUUGCGCACUAGUUUGUAUAAUAGAAUGUUUUGAAAACAUUAUUUCAUAUUGUAUUAACAUUGCAACGACUAACUUAUAUUGUGUUAAUUUAUAUUUAAAAACAAAAAUCUAAAAUAAGCCUUUUAUCAUAAUAUUAUGGUGAGAAAUUCAAGUACCACUAGCCAGGGUCUUCAUCACUCAGAGAACAGUUAAUAUAGAGUUAUGGCUCUGGUUUCGUUGAAUGUUCUGUGUUCUUCUCUACUCUGUCUAGUCGUGUUAUAAAAUAUAAUUUCAACUCUUCAGUGAGUCACAUACUAAAUGUAAAGUUAACGUCAGUGUUGUUCUUAUUUUUUGUGCGUGUGUGUGUUUUUCUUGUGUUGAAUUUUGGACUCUUAAUAAUAUUAUCACAUUGUAUACACUAUCUUUUGGCCUAAAAGUAACCUGAAAAUUUUGUGAACCCCCCAAAAUCACAUUGUCUUUGCACAUCAGAGAACAUUUAGAUAGGUACAUGUACUUGCACAAAAAAAUCAGCUAUAGUAAAGAUUUUUUUUAUUCAAUCUUGAACCAAAAUUUCUAUAUGACCAUGCAACUUAAAUCUAAUCCUGAAUUUUGAUUUAAACAGAUUACUUGUAUGCUAAGCUGAAUAUCUUAAUCUAGAAGUUGUAUAUUAUGCAUGGGUUCAGAGGCUUGACUGGUAACCAAUAUUAAUUGCUCCUGAUUAAUACUGCCAUAUAAUACUGUAGGCUAUUUUCAUUUAACAUCUUUUAUUCUAAAGGCAUAACUUUCGAUACAGAGGAUAUUAUAGAAAGUACAUGGAAAAAAAAAUAUGUCUGUGUUCUUAUUAAUUUUUUUUAUGUUUUGCUCUAAAUGAAACUGGACCAACUAUAUACUGUAUUUUUUUUUCCUUCAAAUUUUUGUUAUUAUUGAUAUGUUUUAGAAUCUGAAGUGUUCUAGAAUACCUUCAAUCAUGAAGAUCUAGACAUUUUUCUUUUGUUUUGUUUUGUAAAGGCAUACAGAAGUUAUUCUUUAUUACAAUAUAAUAGCCAACUGUAAAAGAGGUAUUUUUGAAUUAAUUUAAGCUUCAUUUCUGUCUUUUUUUAUGUGAUAACAAUAUAUGUUUUCUGUAUACAAACUGUAACAUAAAAUUUGCAUUUUUUGGUCUCAUUAAAUGAUUUUUACAAUAUCUGAAA